UUGUUUUUUACGUCUACGUAGCCAGAACCGCAAUUUGCAAUCAACUGAUGCCCCUUCUUACACGCUGUCUCUCUCUACAUGGAGGGAGUCCAGAUAAUCUAAUUAGAGGAGCAUAUGGAUGUGGAAAUAAAAAUAUGCAAAUAUGCAAAAAGUGUGUAAAAACUUGUACAUUCUGUUGGGCAUCAUACUAAGCCUGGCCACACAGGGAAUCUCACAAAAACAUUACUCCCGUACCCGCAAAUUGGAACUCCGUGAGGAUGUGCGGCGCAUGUUUCAACAUGCCUACGAUGGCUAUCUGCAGCACGCCGGCAACUACGAUGAACUGCGUCCGCUCACCUGCGAUGGUCACGACACCUGGGGCAGCUAUUCGCUGACGCUGAUCGACGCCCUGGACACCUUGGCCACCAUGGGUAACUACACAGAAUUUCGCCGUGUGCACGCGCUGCUCAUCGACAAGAUGAACUUCAACAGGGACAUCAAUGUGUCCGUCUUCGAAACGAAUAUACGCAUUGUGGGCGGCCUUCUAUCCGCCCAUCUGUUGUCGCGACGUGCCGGCAUCCAAGUGGAAGCAGGUUGGCCCUGCGCUGGUCCGCUGCUGCGCAUGGCCGAGGAUGUGGCGCGACGUCUGCUGCCGGCGUUCGACACCAACACCGGGAUGCCGUAUGGCACAGUGAAUCUACGCUAUGGCGUGCCCAAUGGCGAGACCUCCAUCACAUGCACAGCAGGCGUGGGCACAUUCCUGGUCGAGUUUGGCACGCUCAGCCGCUUGACGGGCAACAGCAUCUACGAGGAGGUGGCCCUCCAGGCGAUCUAUGCUCUGUGGGAGCGCCGCUCGUCGAUUGGACUGUUUGGCAAUCACAUCGAUGUGCAGAGCGGUCGUUGGACAGCACUCGAUUCGGGCAUUGGCGCUGGCGUCGAUUCGCUGUUCGAGUACCUGGUCAAGGGAGCCGUGCUGCUCAAUCGUCCCGAGCUCCUCGAACUGUUCGCCGAGGCGAGGGCGCCAAUUGACAAAUACAUGAGGAAGGACGACUGGUAUGUGUGGGUGGGGAUGAACAAGGGACAUGUGACGUUGCCCGUCUUUCAGUCCCUCGAAUCCUUUUGGCCCGGCAUACUGAGCAUUGUGGGCGACACAGCGCCCGCUAUGCGCACCAUGACACGCUACAUUAGCGUGUGGAAGAAGUACGGAUUCCUACCCGAAUUCUUUAACAUUCCCGCCGGCGAAGCGGCGCCCAAUCGUGAGGUCUAUCCGCUGCGACCCGAACUCAUCGAGUCGGCCAUGUAUCUAUAUCGGGCCACGAAGAAUGAAUAUCUGCUGGAGCUGGGCGAGCAUAUGCUGGAGACGAUUGAGUUCAGUGCGAAGACCAAGUGCGGCUAUGCAACUAUACGCAAUGUGGUCACGCAUGAGAAGGAGAAUCGCAUGGAAUCGUUCUUUCUGGCCGAGACCACCAAGUAUUUGUAUUUGCUCUUCGACGAGGACAAUUUUCUGCAUCACGCCGGCGAGGAUCGUCACGGCGAGUUGCUCGACAACGCGGAGAACGUGUGUAUUGUGCAGGCCGGUGCGUACAUCUUCAACACGGAGGCACAUCCCAUGGACAUGUCGGCGCUGCAUUGUUGCCACAACCUCAAGGAGGACAUCUACAAUAUGCUCGAUUUGCCCGCCUUCAGUGCGUCGGCGAUAUUCGAGCGCAGCAGCCGAGAACGCCAGGAGGCACAACAAAAGUGGCAGCCACAAUGCGUCGUAGAGAAGCAGACAGCAGCUCAGCAACCGCCCAGCACCAGCAUGGCGGUAGACAUUGAGGUGUUCGAUGAAUUCCAGCAGCCGGCCGCCGAGCAGCUGGUGGGGAACUUUGAGCGGAUACGCGAGGAGCGUGAAAUGAAUCGAACCCUGCACGACAGCAGCGUGGCACGCAAUCAAUUGACUGUCAGUGAUCUGGAUGAGUUCUAUCAGCAGCGACGCGAACGCUUCGCCAGCGCCGAAGAUGCACUCGGCUAUGUGCUCAACUUUAUGGUCAACUAUACGAUGGAUGUGAACUUCAUACGCGGCCUCCAAUUGUACGAUACGAACAUCAGCAGCAUUCUGGGCAGCAUCGCCCAGAAGGAGUACGAAUCCCGCAUGCGUUCACUGUGGCAAUUGUAUGCGCUGGAGCAACAGUUUGCCAUCAAUGUGCGGCUCAUCCAGCGGCUGGGUUUGCACAACUUUGCUGCCAGCGACAGCGAGCAAAUGCGUCGCCAUUUGGCCGACGUACUCGCUACCCUGGACAGUCUCAAUCAGCCGCUGGGCAGUGAUAAUGCAACAACGCAUCACAAUCAGAAUCAGAAUGAGAAUGAGAAUCAGAGUGUGAGCGAAAGUGACAUUCAGAAGGCGAUCUUUGAGGCGCUGCUCGAGUACGAGUUUGCCAUGCUGAACACGACUGCGAUGCAGGAGUUUGUGCAUCGUGUCUAUGUCAUGGGCACCACAGAGACGCAAAAGUUGCGCAUGCAGCCGCUGCUGACCGCAGCCGAACUGAAUGCUCUCGAUGUGGUCGAGUUGGAGCCACUCGAGCAGCGCGAGCUCUUCAAGUACACGCGUCGCAUUGUCGACUUUCGCAAACGCAUGUCCGAGACGGUCGAUCGCCUGCAGACGAUUAUGCAGGAUCUCAAUACGGCCAAGGUGGAUGCGACGGCAUCUUCGGUUGCGGUGCCUCAGCUAGCGACGCCCAGUGUGGAGCAACAGUUGCUGCAGGAUCAACAGCAGCAGCAACAACAACAGCAACAGCCACCGGAGGAGUCAGGCUCUGUGUGGUCGCAGUUUGUGCAGAAUAUAUUGCGUAAGACGCAAGUGCAACGGGUGAAGUUCGAUGAGGCUGCGCUGCUGGAGAAGACGCGCAAAUCACUCGAGAAGCACGCCCACAAGCAACUGACCUAUGAGCUCUUCAGCUGCCGUCGUCCCGCCUACAUUGAGGCAUUCGCCUAUCGUGAUUACUAUCCGGAGGGAAUGUAAUCAAUGCAAAUCACCAACACCAACAAUCAAACACUCCUCGACCAUAAACUUAAUGGGCCACAUGACUGAUCUGUAGAUACUAUUUAUAUAUAAUAUAUACACAUAUGGUUAAGUGGAUUGUUUUUUGUAUAUACACACCAUAACUAGACAUCUGCCUCUUAUAACUUGGUGUCAAGCAGCAGGCAGGAGGCACAGCCGAGGUCCGCAUAUUGUAUAAACAGCUCGAUCUCUGUGACUACAAGUGCUAGAGACAGCAAAUUUGGUGACAAUACUCUUGAGUUCCUAAGCAGUUAAGGUUUGGCUUUUUCCAAAAUUUGAGACACAUUCUAAAUGGUUUCUUGACACUUUAUUACGAUCAGACAAUGUGUUUAACAUAUAGAGAAAUAUUCAAUGAUCUAGCUUCAACAUUGAAUUCAAUUUGCUAUUGGAAACGUAUUUUUAUUUU